AUGGUCAGUGGUAACAAAAACGCCGGCGAUCCGAUUAAAAUACCGCCCAAAAAUCGCGAAAAGAAAACUAAUAACUAUAAAAGGGCCAACAUUUUCUCGAAAGCAUGGUUCGUAUGGAUGAUGCCAACUUUUUGGAGAGGAUUCAAAAGAGACCUAUACGACUCGGACCUCACCAAGCCCAAAGACAACCAUCUGUCCGAUAAACUUGGAGAUCGUCUUGAAAAGACACAUACUUAG